AAAUGGCGCCCUCUGGUGGUUGCAGCUGAGAAUGACGUCAUCCGGGGGAGGAGGGGUGGGGGGGAUUGGAAAUAGGAAAACGUGUCAGCUUGAACAAACAAAACCCUGGAUUUAAAAAUUCAGGAGCUUCCAGUAUUGGGUUGUGCUCUCUGUUCACGGUGUCGAGGAGGAGUUGGGCAGAACAAGGAAGAAGCAGCGGUUCGGUGGGAGGGACGGAGAGGUAAGAGGAGAGGCGUCACCUGUACGUGAAGCGAACACCUGUUGCCCGGUGGGCUCUUUAAGACGCACUAGAGAGGAAGAGGCUCGUGUUACGGCUGGGGAUCCCGGUGGCUUUUGUCGCUUACAGGGACAAAACCUUCAUUCUGCUCGGUUUCAAACCGUCGCUUCAGUUGGACCGGAGGGAGCAUGUAGAGGAUUUAUUUCUAAAGGGAAUCCACCAGGCUGAACAUGCUGCAGGUUGUUUGACUGACAGAUAUGAGGUCAGGAAGAUCAUACUGGCAGACUUUUGCUGCAGUUGUACUCGUUUGCCACUUUUUGACCACUGAUGGCGGGAAGUCGGAGGUCCGUGGAAAGGCUGGAGGCUGGGUGGAGCUGGAGUGCAGUUUUCCACCAGCAGGGCGGCGGUCUGGGUCAUCUGCAACCCAACAGGUGGUGGAAUGGGUGCGGCAAGGCGUUGAGAUUCCUGUCCUGAUCAAAUUUGGGUCCUACACACCCCGAAUCCAUCCAGGUUUUGAAGGGCGGGCGUCUCUGUUGAGCAGCGCCACCCUGAGGCUGGAGCGCCUGCAGCUGGACGACCAGGGUUUCUACAGCUGCCGGAUAUUUCAGCUGGACAAACUGGAAGAGGAAGUGCAGAGCAGCAACUGGACUCUGCUGUCUGUGACUGCCCCGCCCACUUUCACAGAAGCCCCGCCCCCUGUGGUCCAGGCCCUGGUGGGAAGUCGUCUGUCUCUUGACUGCGUUGCUGUUGGCAACCCCACGCCAACCAUCACCUGGCUAAAAGACGGCGUCGCCGUUCCCAGUGCAAACCUUCAGGGAGGAGCGUUGUCUCUGCCGGCGGUGACCGCGCAGGCAGCCGGGCUCUACGCCUGCCACGCCUCCAACGCCGAGGGAAACGCGAGCCGCGUGGCGAAGCUGGAGAUCAAAGGUCCGCCUGUCAUCAUCAUUCCUCCUAAAGACACAACCCUCAACAUGUCCCAGAAUGCACUGCUGCAGUGCCAGGCGGUGGCCGACCCUCCCAACAUGACGUACGUGUGGCAGAAAGCUGGAGAAAACGUCCAUCAUAUCGAGUCCCUGAAGUCGCGCGUCAGGAUCCUGGUUGAUGGAACGCUGCAGAUCUUCCGUUUGCUGCCAGAAGACUCCGGGAACUUCACCUGCAUACCGACCAAUGGGCUGCUGAGCCCGCCCACCGCCUCCGCCAUCUUAACUGUGAUGCACCCAGCCAAGGCUCUCCAAAUGCCCGAGGAAACGUACCUACCCACAGGUAUGGGCGGCGGGAUCCGAUGCCCGGCGGCAGCUCAGCCUCCGCUGCUGCGUGUGGAUUGGAUAAAAGACGGAGAGCCUCUGGAUCUGUCUCUGUAUCCGGGAUGGACUCUGAAAGCCGACGGCUCUUUGGUCAUGGCGACGGUCAAUGAAGACGCAGCAGGCACCUACAGCUGUACUCCAUACAACAGCUACGGCACCAUGGGCCCAUCUGGACCCACCAGGCUGGUUCUGCAGGACCCCCCGUCAUUCAGCGUCACUCCAGCCGAGGAAUACAGGCGGGACGCCGGGAGGACGCUGCUCAUCCCCUGUCAGGGAAACGCAGUCGCAACAACCACCUGGAGCAAGGUUGACCCGGUUCGUUCUGUUUCUUACUCCAUUGAACCCAACGGGUCUUUGCUGCUGCAGCCUCUUCUGAAGGACCACCAGGGGGAGUGGGAGUGCAGCGUCUCCAACCGCGCUGCAUCCGUAGAGACCCGCACACGAGUCUUUGUCCUGGGAACCAGUCCCCACGCGGCCGCCGCGCUGUCCGUCUCUCCCGGGCCGAGCCGGGCCAACCUAUCCUGGGAGGCCGGCUUCGACGGAGGAUCAGCGCAGACGUUUUCGGUCUGGGUGAAGAGGACUUCGGUGAGCGAUGGCGACGGGAGGCAGGACUGGUUCUCUGUGCCCGUUCCUCCCUCAUCCGGCACCAGCCUGCAGGUUUCGGGCCUUUCUCCCGCCACCGACUACCAGUUCAGCGUCUUGUCUCAGAAUAAGUUUGGCACAGGGCCUUUCAGCGAGAUCGCCACUGCACGCACUUUGGAUCCGCCAGAGAGGAGCAUCAAACCGAAGCCCCCCGCGUCGCUGUGGGCUAAUCAGAGCUCAGCAGGUGUCAUCCUGCAGUGGGCCCUCCCUGACGCCCAGCAGCCGCCCAUCACAGGCUUUGUCCUCCAGUCCCGCUCCGCCACCGCCGCAGCAGAGGACUGGUUCAAUGUGGAGGAGAACAUCAACGCCAGCAGCAGCCACAUCCUGGUUAGGGGUCUGCAGAAGGACCGUGUGUAUGAGCUGCGGAUGCUUUCUCGUCGGGGGGAGCUGCUGAGCGAGCCCGGUCCAUCAGUCAACGUCUCCACCGCAGGUAAGACGGAGAGCUUCGCAGCCACGUCUACGUUUGUCCCGGAGCCGUUGCUGGCCGGUGUGCUCGCCGGCGUCGGCUUCAUGUUUCUGGCGCUGGUCUUGUUGCUCGGUUCUGCCUGCUUCGUCAGCCGCAGGAGGGACCGUCGCCGCAGGAAGACGGAGAACGAACCCCUUCCUGCCAUCUAUAAGUGCUCCCCAUCAAUUAAGACUUCAGGCUCCAGUAGUCCAGACAGUCUGUUGAAGAAAAGCCUCCUUCCAGCCAACUCCCACUACCCCACAAUGUCUUCCACCACUUCUUCCUCUCAGACAGACUGCUCCACUUUGAGCACAGAAAAAAACCGUCGGCGCAGGACUCUAGAGCCGUCCUACAGCAGAGGCCGCCUUAGCAAGACUACCUCUUUAAUUUCUCCCUCCAUUGAGUUGAUUUCUAGAGGUCCGGAUGGCCGGUUUGCAUUCGAUGACUAUGACACAAUAAGUGUUAACAGCAAAACGAUUUCCAGAGUCAAAAGAUCUGUGUCGCUCCACUUGGAAAAGGAGGACAAGAAAGACCUGCCAUGUGUGCUUUCUGUUGACGUUCCUCCGUUUAAACUGGAGAGUGAUUCAAGUCAAAUGCGCAGCUUUAGUCAACUCCCACCACUUCAGGAAAGCUACAUUGUUUCGCCUGAUCAGAAUAGCUUGUAUUCAAACACCAGUUUUUGUACCAUGCCUCGUGUCAACAGAGGACUGCCUUCAGUAUUUCCCGUCCUGCCUCAUCUCCGAGCCAGCAUUGGUCAGCCUUCAACAUCAGCAAGCACUUUGGUUCUCCAAAUGGAGCAUGAACGUGAGAAAGGGAACCUCAGUCGGUGCCUGAGGCUGGCACAGGAGCGAGAAGAAAUGGAAAGGGAGCUGCGAUGGUACACACUAGAAAGAAACUCCAUGAAAGUCAAGACAGAGCAAAGACAAACAAGCAAUGGGGACGAAAGUGUUGAGGGUCUUAUGUGGGAAUAUAAAAGCAAGACUUUACCAAACAUCUACCGUCAAGGUGGUAAGGAGAGAUCUAGAUACCAUACAUCGUCCUCACCCAACUGGGAAGCCCAUCCUUAUGACUCAAGUUCAACUUUGAAUCCAUUCAGAGAUUAUUUGAAUACGUCUCCCCCUUUGACUCCUUCUUUUUCUCCCUAUUUUCUUGAAUCAUUUACUAAGAAACCCAAUGGAGUCCGUCACUCUUUUGUUGACACCUCAACUCUCUCUCACCAGAGGUGUCGAGUAGAUCCGCCACAAGGCUACCAUAGUCCAAGACGAUUCUUGUCCUUUGACCAAGAAACAAGUGACUCAUUUCGUAAUCCACAAAAGGAAAACAUUCUUAGUAAUAGCUCAAUGUUUCACAACAGAAACACUCCAGAUUCAGUACCAGACUCUACAAGUUUGGAAGAAAUGCUCAGUGAACCAAUUGGUUCAAUUGGCAAAGAGUCAUGUGUCGAGAUGAGCGUAGACGAGCCGGAGUUUGAGUUGCCCACGUCACAACCUGCGAAGCCCAUGUUACACCACAGGAUUGCUUCUCAUGUUCAACACGGCUGCUCGCUGUCUCAGCGAAGCAGGCGUGAAGACAUGAGAAGGAGCACGAGCUUCAAUGGCAGCAGGAAUGCUUCUGUUGGCAGCUUUGACAUGGGUCAUCACAGUCAGCACACCUCAGGUCCAGAACACUGGAGAGCUAAGACCCAAGGUCCCAAAACCUUGGACCGCAGUAAGCGAAGUCAGAGUCUAGACUUGAGGAGGCAGAAGAAGAGUACCUUUCUCACACCAUCCGCAUGGGUAGAGUCACUCAGCCAAGAGGACUGUUCGGUUGAAUUGUCUCAAACAAGUACUGAAAGUGAGCAACAUUCCUCAACUGCUGUGGGUCCAACUCGCAGUCGAAAACCUGACGUGUCCCACUUCUGUCAACUUAGCCCCUCAACUGACACUGCCAAUCAUCCAACUCCCAAUCAGGACACAAUGAAGAAAUCAGAUUAUAUUGUCAGCCUGAAGGAGGUUUCUACAUACUUUCCGCCCAUCAGCAACGACUUCGAGGCACUGGAAGUGGACUCAGGAGGCUACGAGGGAGUGACAGACUCCGGUGGCAGCUACAGCAGCUACGCUAGCAGCGGCCGCGGCAGCAUGGAGACUGCUAACGGGCAUCUGCCCUUGUCUCACCUGUCCCCAAUGCUCACAGACUCACCUGCCACUGCAGAGGACACUCAGGGGGGAUCAGAGCACAAGGAAGGUGGACAAACAGAACCAAAACGAAGGAGGCAGCUUUCGGUAGAUGAGAAUUAUGAAUGGGAUGCUGGCGACAUUGGCUCACGGCCUGGAGAAGAAGAUGACGUUCUCCCAGCACCGAACCCGCAGAAGCCCACCGCCAGCCGCAGCCGUCCCAGCAUGCCGCGCUCCGAGAAAGCACACAAACGUUCGUCUGCGUCGCUGCCGGGGCAUCAAAGCAGGCGCUCUGCUGAGCCAGAACCGGACGCCGUGCUGUUCUGACGGCGUCGCCACUCGCCUCGUCUCUCCCGGCGCCGCCGCCGCCACGGCUCGGAGCACCGGGCGACGAAAGCUCACGCCGGAGAAAGUGAGCUCUUCUGUGAUCCAGCUCUUUUAUUUAAUUUUAUUCCAAAAGUGGAUAAAAGACGAGAGUUUUUUUGGCAGGUUUGGUCUUUUAUAGCACAGAAAUUCACAUUUGACCUAAUUAUGCUUAGCACAAAGAUUACAAACCCCUUUGUUUGAUGAAUCUCAUCUUGUAGGAUUUAGACAAACUCAUGCUUUGAGAUCCAGCGAUAUUAAAUUUGCAGAAAACGUCACGCACUGAAACAAAAAAAUACUUUUUCCCAGCUAGUGUAGAUUUACUCACCAGGGAGAACAAACAGCAUUAAGAUGUAAUUUAUUGUUCUUAAAUAUGGGAGAAUAUAAAUAACAUAAGGCAGUAGCUGCGUAUGUGGAGUACGCUACCAUGAAUGAUUUUCUUUAGCUAAAAUCUCGUCUUAGUUCCCAAUAAACCAAACUUUUUGAGACCAAGAUCUACUUUUUCUACCUCAUAACACAAUUAUAAAUGAAACUUUAUUGACUUAUUUUAUAUGCAAAUACCCAACAGUUAUAGCAGAAAUAUUUAAGUGAUAGAAAACCUGAUGCAGUUUCUUCCUCGGUGAGAUUCUGGGAGAAGGUUGUUAAUCGGUUAUUGUAGAUCUGAACUCUGGUUUGAUGAGAAAUGUCGGUCUAACAGGAGGAACCACAGAGGUCUGUCAAAAUAAAAGCUCAUCUUGUGAAGUUGGGAUAUUUUUCCAGAGGAAUCGCCUCCAACCAGAAGUUGGACAGCAUUUUAUUUCAAUGUCAUUAGUGAAUGUUAGCACCUCGUUUUCAGCAGCGGAGCUAUAAAGGCUGAUAAAGGUUAUUAUUUUGGAGGAAGCAUCAUCAACAUUUCCACUAUAGUCAAAAAUAAUUAUCAUAUUUGAAAGAGAAAAAGCCUCUCAGACUCUGAGUUCAAAGCAAAACGCCAGAGACACCAAAUAGACGAUUAUACAGUUAAUUUAUUUUCAUAUCAUUAUCUUGGUAGAAGCCAUUUGUUUGCUACUUAAUGAAAUAUGUUUGUCCUAUUUGAUGUUUGUUGUGACAUUUACAUCAAACAAACGAGGUAAUUAGUCAUUUAUUGAACGUUCAGAAACUACAGUGGCUUUAACGAGCCGCAGCAAAGGUAAAAUAACCCAAACAGGUGAUCAAUUCAGAACCACUCGGACCUUUUUACUCUCUCGUCGGAACCGCCCAGCAGAGAUCAUGUUGGCCGGUUCCAACAUGAUCAACAUCAACUUCAGGCUUGAAACCUGAUGUUUCAGGCUUGAUAUUUAUUUCUCCAUUAUUACUAAGCCUCUCAUGAACACAGCAGUGGCUGAUUGGCUAAUUUAAACUCCUGCUCCGAUAGUCAGCCUCUUUUUCUUGUUAAUGGAGCCCAAAGUCUCUGAAUUGUGCAACGCUUUGCUGAAACAAUAAUUACUGAGGCCAUUUAUUGGAGCACAUUUUGUACAUUUUCAAUUAUUUUUAUUCUUUAAUGAAUUUACAAACGUUUUGGAUCUUUUAAGUGCGUCAGAAGAGGACGUUCAGUUUGUCACCUGCUAGCAGCAGCUAGCAUGUUUAAAAAUGAACAACUCUAUUGACAACAGUUAAAAUCAUAAAACCAAACACUGCAAAAUUACUCAUGAAACACUUUGUGAUUACAUUUGUCUAAAAUACAUGUUGAAAUAUAAUUAAUACUUGUAAUGGAAACAGCUGAUCCUAAUGAGUACCACAGUUGCCCAUGGUAACCAAGAGCCGAACUUAAAACACCAAUAAUUAUCUAAAGAAUGAGACGCACUGACUAAACAACAUGAAUUCAAAGAAUAAAUAAAAAACAUUUUGACAAACUUCACAUAAUUAGUGAAGCAACUCUUAAAUUAUUCAGGGAGAAUUUCAAAAACAUUCGACAAGGCAGUCGAGUCACACUAUUGGUUAGCAUUUUACAAACCAGCCAAUCAGGGAGCAGCAUUUGUUUUAUUAGCCAAUCAUUGAUUGUAACCCCAAAAGCAGAGAAAAGGAAGUAGCAGCUGUGCUAAAACAAUUUCUACUGAGCAAUAUUAAAGCACAUCAAGGUAUAUUUGGUGUUGGAACUGUUAAAGUAGGCAGUUAUAAGCAUCUUUACAGGAGGUUUAACGUGUUUAACGUGGGAUCUGUAUGAACUGGACGUGCCACAAAAAUAAAUAAAUCAGAAUAAAUUGACCUGUUUUCAGGUUUUGGUUUUAAUAAUUACAUAAAACUGGUUAAAAAAAGUUUUCUCUCUAAUUCUAAUCAACUCACCGGGUUUUCUUUUUUUUAUUUUAUCGCCUGUGAUUUAUUGUUGAUAUAUUAAGAUGUGAAUAUAUUUUUUACUAAAAGUAUAAAUCAAGGCCAAAAACUAGUUAACUAUACAUGAAUCCUCACGAGUUUCUGAUUCAUCUGCAGGGGCAAGAAUCAAUAUGUUAGAUUAUUGUAGUGUUUUAAAUAUAUUUUUAAAAAUUGAGUCUUUAUUGUAAUUAGUAGGUAAAGAUGUGAGAGGCGUUAAAGAGGAUUAAUUAUGCUUUUUGUCCAUUUUUGCUUUCUUCUGUUAGGUUUCUCAUGACAUCUAAGAAAUUUAAAAGAAAUAUAGAAUAAUGAUGUAUUUUUUUUGCAAGAGAUGUUAAAGUUAUAACGUAGCUUCUUUUUAGAAAGAGAUAUUGAAUUGAUUGAAUAUUACAGGUUUUAUUUUCAGGGAAUAUAUUGUCAUUUCCUAAAUGUUUGGGAUAAGAAAAAUCUCAAAAGGAAUUUAAAACUGUAAAUUCAGCAUUUUGAUUUGGUAGAAAUUUACUUACCAAUUUUUUGUAAGUGAAGUAUGAAACAAAAUGGCUGCCACGUUGUAGGAUGGAGAUCGGAUCCAACUUUAAUGCUUUUAAAUCAAAGUUUCUUUAUGUUUGUUAAAAAUUAAAGUAUGUUUUUAUAUUUUGA